UGUGAUGUGUGUCCACAGCCCACAGUCGCAAAGGUGUUGCUGGGCAAGGUUAGAUUCUGUUGCUUCCGUGCUCCUCCUCCUUUCUUCUUCCCGACGCCCUUGCUGUGCCGAUCACCCUUUCCUAAAACGGCCAUUUGUGGUGCGUGCAGCAAGCACAGCAAGGUCGCAGGUUGUUGUACAAAGCGGGGCAAUUGCACGACUGCCUGUGAGUGAGUGAAGGUGUGUGUUUCGGCCAGCACGUUUUGGGAACCCGCCGACAGCGGCAGAAGCAGAAGCAGCAUCAUGCUUGCCUCUGCGACAGAAGUGGAGGUGGAGUUGCACGUGCCGGAUGACGUGUCGACCUUCUUUGGGGUCACUUGGGCGCAGGACCCACGGAAGAAUAAGAUCUUCAUCAAGGCCUUCCCUCGAGGCCCCAACGGACGGAGGGGGAUACUGGAGUCGACGGGCCUGGUCGAGCUGGACGACUGCCUCACCGCCAUCAACGGAGUGCCCAUCGACAAGUCCAGCGCCCUCCAUGAGGUCAUGGCGAGCAUCCGCGCGGCAGAUUCUCCCCUGUCCCUCCGCGGCGGCGGCGGCGGCAGCAUCGGCCGUCUCAUUGGUUCCGGAGAGAACACUGGCGGCAGCAGCGGCGGUGGCUCGGGCGGCCUCGACGCUUCGGCAAGGGCAGGAGGAGGAGGAGGAGGAGCUGGAAGCAAAGAGAGAAGAGACGCGGCGGACCCCGAUCUCGACGCCGUUCUCAACAGCGCGCUGGUUCUCGGGCUAGAUGAAAGGGUUGCGGACAUUCAGAAGCGAAAUUCGCGGCUGCUGCAGGAGGUGGACCGCAUCGGGCGAGCAGCUGCGGACAAGCGGCAGGGGGUGGAGAGGGUCGCGUCCGCGGCGGCUUCGCUGACGGCGGCGGGGUCGGACCUCCUCCCUCGGCGCGCUCUCCGGUUGCUAUCGGCCGCUAGGCAGGACGCUGUGGCUCUCUGCGAGGCGAUGGCGCGGUUGGACGAGCUGCUGGCGGCGAGGGAACGGGCCCAGCUGGCCAGGCGGCGGGCUCUCGAGGAGGAGGAGGAGGAGGGCGGGAGAGGAGAGGUGGGAGGGAUGAUGUCUUCAAGGGGAGGAGGCCUUGAAGAAGGGGGGCGACCAAGACGAUAGCAGCAGCAGAACAGCAGCUGCUGCUUUUGCUUUGGUGUAAGGACGGUGCCGGUGGUGCUCAAAUGGGGAAGGUUGCGUGCAAACUGGUGGUCGACGGCCCUCAGUCGGGAUGUGACGGCUCCAUGGGGCGGUUGCUGGUGCCUCGGCGCUUUGCGCAAUUGGUGGUGGUGGUUCUGUGUGGAGCUUGUAAUUGUUUGGGUGUCUUGCCUGUUGUGCAGUGGUGGUGAAGGAGGUGGAGGAGGUGGAGACAUCAUGGUCAUUGUCGUUUAUAGAAUACGUGGCCGUGAGUGUGGUGGUGCGUUGGCAGGUGGGCAAACGGGAUAGGAGAGCGGGAGGGUUGUUGAGGUCACCGACUGAUAGACUUACCGCGGUUUGUGGCCGAAGUGCCGUAUUCCCCCGGGUACAUAAAGUGAGUUUUUUCUUAAAUUUAUCCUGGUCUAGGAUGAAAGCGACGCGCUGCAAAGCUCGUUGUUAGUAAACCAUAAUCGACUUCGCAAGUCGCGAGGGAAGGGAUUGCUGUAUCCUUCUCGCGAUUAUUUACCUCAGGCAGGAACCGCAGGAGGGGGUCCAGCCCCCCCCUCCUAUGUGACCCCGGUUGGGUCGUGUAACUAGAAAAAGUGGAGGAUAGGGGCCAGAGGGGCAGACGACAGAGUCCAAUGAUGGGAGAAAAAAGCUAUAUAUAUAGCGUGGAGUACGGCCUCGGAAGCCUUCUUGUUUCAUUCAUGAUGGAGACGUUUCGAGUGUUGCCCUACUUUCUGUUGCAGGGAAACAGUACGUAGCUUUCCCCGUCGUGGAGGAUGUUAGCCAGGUUGUUCGCGCGUUUUUCUUGUAUUGGUUUGCUUCUUCUGCUUUACAGUUCGGGCCGUUGAGCCUUUCCCCCUUCCGUGUAGACUAGAGAUACAUUAGGUCGAAAUUUAUUUUAUCAGUCAGGUUCACUUUGAACAUAUCGCACUCAAUCGCAGUGCAUAUUUGGCGAAGAUUGUGGUGCGUCUUUCUUUUGCAACAGGGCUUUGAGCAUUUUGUGUCUGGGAGUCUGGUGUUUCCUUUUCCGCACAUGCGCCUGUUUCUCUGGUUCCUUUGAGCGAACUGGCAGUCAACAUGACACACCCAUUUGAUGCCAUCAGGUUGUGUGUGUUGCAUGCUACAAUUCGUAUUCGUUCUCAACACCACGACCUGCUGUAGGUCGCAUGAGAUGCCACACCCUGGGCCGACUUUCAAAGGUCGAUUACUACACGACGAAGAGGAUGCUAACGCCCCCACAUUAGUAUCGUUACUGCUGUUUUCGCUGCACAGCAGUAAUCAAGCUUUGCACAUCGGUCCACGGGGGCGUGCUAUCUUUCGUCACCCUUUCCGAGGCUCCACGCCGAACGAUCAUGAUUCUGUCCGAGGGAACCGGCCAAAUGAAAGUCGUGCACUUCUGUCUCAUAGAUACAGCAGUAAUGCACCUCGGAUCUCGGGCUUCAGACUAACCCACUUCACUGGAACACGACCCAACGGCGAGGAGUUUGACCACCCCCGUGGUACCCUCCAUUUGUGUUUUCUAUUUGCAAAAUGAAGAGAACAAUCGGAUAGAUUCGGCCAAUCAUCAUCGACCCGCAUACAGCUCCAAGCAUCAUUUGCAUCGUUUGAAUCAACAGCGCGCCUGAGGCAUCCGGCUCUCUUCUUCGCCCCUCACACCAAGGCAGCCAGAGGUGCACUUGUCCAAAAGGAUAACCGUUGUUUGUCGAGCGUGCCUCGGGGGGAAUCUGCGCAAGGGAGGUCGAAGGCAGGAUGAGGAAAUCGAAAACGACGGCCGCUGGUUGGCCCCUUUCGCGGCGGCCGUUGCAAUCGUCCUCAACAACGACACCAGCGGCGCUGCUGGCGACCGCGUUGCUGCUAGGCUGCGCCGGCUCCGUCCUGCCUUCGGCGCGCGCAGCAGCAGCAGCAGUGGGCGGUGGUGGCGCCGCCCCUUCCUCCGGGGUGCGGUCUGGCCGGCCCUCCCACUUCGACGAUGAACGGGUUCCCUUGCUGCCGCCGUUGGCUACAACUACACUGGCGCCACGCGGCAGCCGAGGCGGUCGCAGCACGCGCCCUUCCUGGUUCGUUGCUCGCCACACCCGUGG